AUGGACCUAUCGAGCUGGCCGCAGGUCGCCGCAAUCAACCAGAAGAACUACUAUACUGAUUACCUGAAGAGAGACGAUCAGUACCUCGCAUUCCGACUAGCAAAUGAAGAGGCCAGGAUCAAGAUGACCAAGAGCGCCAAGGACCGUGAUCGCGCUCGCGCAAUGGACAAGUCCACCGAAGAUGCGGACGCAGAGGCGGAGGCAGACGCAGACGACGCCAAUAUGGACGACGAGGAGGACACUCCGACCGAGGCCGCGGGCUCCAAAGUCAUUGUCAUUCACGUUGGCAGCCAAAAUCUGCGAAUUGGCCUCUCAAGUGAUGCGUUGCCGAAGACUAUGCCAAUGGUAAUCGCAAGAAAAUCAAAAACCAGCGAGAGCGAAGAUCGAGAAGAACCGAAACCGAAGAGGCUCAAGCGGGAUGACGGGACGGAUGAAGACCCAGAGAGAGUAUUUGGACCAGAGGUAAGCUCCAUAUGCCUCUGCGGAAGCAGCUCGAACAUCGCUCAUUAG